AUGAUUAUGAUGAACAUAUCUUCUGGAAAUAUUCUUCUCGUAUUCUUUAUUCCAUUCGUCUUCUUUUACGGAUGUGCUUCUACUCAGGCUACAACUCAUUGUCCGGCAAAUACAUUCACCUGUAAAGAUGGUUCAUGUAUUCCGUUCGACUGGGUUGGUGAUGGCGAGAUCGACUGUGAGGACGCUUCUGAUGAAUCGACUGCUUCCGAAUCGAUUCGAAUGCACUUAAGUGCCACUAAUAACAGUACUACUCCUGAGACUAAUCUCUUACCAUCGAGACAGAUGGAGGAGAUCGCUGAUGAUCCUUUCGAUAGCAAUGCUGCGCUCUCACCUCAAUCCGUAACAGCUCCACAGCAAGUUCUACCGAGCCUCGAGAAUGCGAAUAGUACAGCGUUAAGGCGAUGUCCGAAUGACAUUCAGCAACGUGUUGAUCAAUGUUCUAAUGAUUUGAUCAAUUGGGAGAGUAAUAUUGACAAAAUUGAUUUUACACAAGUUUCUUUAUUGAACGAUAAGGAAAGUUUGAUAGAACUAAAUCAAGGAUGUGAUCUGAUCACGGAAUAUCGUACAUGCGUGGAACGUAUAGAAACCGACGAGUGUCGCAUACCUGAAGUGAUAGCGAUGUGGGGUGAUAUGGAUUUAUACGCAUGUCAGUUGUUAUUACCGUCACUUCACGAACACGAGAAAUGCUUUAGCAGUGCGCGAGACUCUCGCUGUGGACCAAUGGCUGAUUUCGCAAUCGGUUCACCGCUGUGUCGUUUGCUAUCGUCGGUGAGUGCGGAUUUGACUUGCGUCGAGCGAUUAUCGUCAGAAUUUUGUGAUGAAGCAGCAGUUGAAGUUAUCGAUCCGAUACACUCAGAAACAAUACAUCUUUUUGAACAUCUCCGUUGCAUGCAACAUGCUCCAUCUCAAGUUACACCGACCAUAUCAGAUAUAUCUACAAUGUCGAAGACAGAAUCAAUUGAGUGUCCAAGUUGCGCAAAUGUGUUACAAACAAUGUUGGAUGUUGAGGUAUUUUGCAGUAGUGAACCAAAUGAUAUUUGGGCAUUAGUACGUAAGGUUGUAUGCGCACAGAAGGACAAACUUGCGAACCACAGUGACUGCUUCAUCGAGAGCGCCAAGCAAACGAAAUGUGAUACCAAUCCCUCCAAUGAAACGGUCUGUGGUGCAGUGGAUCAAUUCAAUGCGAAUAUAGACUGCGCAAUACGAGUGCUGAAUGACGUUUGUUCGAUUGAAGCACAGGAUAUCGUGAUCGGUAUUCAGGACAAGUUGAAUGAUGAAAUGAUCAUGAUGAGUUGUUACGAAAAGAAACAAUCCAGUCAACCGCAAGGUCCAAUAUCUGAUGACGGCUUCAGUUUGAAUCCAGUCUUCCCAAGAUGCACUUCUGAUCAAGAGAAUGCGGCGUUGAUUUGUUUGGUUGAAUUAACUGAACUCAAUAAACAAUUGAUGGAGUUACAAACGCUGAACUUUUUGAUGGAACUGAGUGAUGGCAAUUCAACGCUGGUGAACUAUAUUUGCAAUUUGUACGAGAAAUACGAGACUUGUCUCAACAACAGUGUAUUCGUGCAUUCUCAGCCACAGUAUCAACGAUGCGCUUUCAGUUCGCCAAUAAAUACGAUUGCAAGAAUUGGACUAGCGCCGAUAUGUUCAUUGGGUUCAAGAGAUACGCUCCAGAGGCAUCGGGAUUGCAUCGCUACGAUAAGAGAUCAUACUUCGCAGUGUCAGUCUGGUUUAGCGAGUCUCGGACCAGCGAUUAAUUAUAUGCUUCAGGGCAUUCACAGUGAAGCACUACUUUGUAAAUCAUUUUAUUUGAUUCGAGGCACGUUCGAUUGCGGUGAAAAUUUGGUUAAACAAUAUUGCAGCCAGCAGGCCACUGAUGAUUUACGUCAGUUACGGAACUCGAUGUCUGAAGUUGGUGUUGAAGAAGGAUGUCCUUCGGAGCAGCCGUCAGAUCUAGACGAGAUAAUCGCGAAACCCGUCACUUCUCCAGUCCCACCGCAACAACCACCUCACGCCGCCCCAUUACCAACACCUUCAACCUGUGAUCCAGCUGAACAGCAGAAAUUCACAAAGUGUGCUCAACCCUUAAUCGCAUUCCAACCACAUCCACUAGCCGUUAUAAAACAACCGAAAAGGAUUGAUGAGGCAUGUAACCAGUUCCGAUUAUUCAUGCAGUGUCGUGCGAAUAUCAGCUGUAAACCUUUAUGGGCCGAAGGCAUGUCAGCCAUGUUCCAGUUUGCUUGCGGAGAAGGACGAAACAGUUUUGAACUGGUUCGGCACUGUGUGAGAAAGACAACCACACGUGAUGAUAUUCGCUCGUGUGUGAGUACCUUCUCAAGGGGUGCUCCACAAAUGGCAUGUGAAAGUUCAAACGCUCUUCUCGCAUGUGCAGUACCAGUUAUGAACGAUAAAUGCGGUGCGGAUGCAUCACAGUUCAUCACGGAUUACAUCCAGAAGUUUGCACUUGCUAUUGAUCCAUCAUGCAGAAUCACGGCUAAAGAGAACGAAGGAGCAACAAAGAAGAAUGUCAGUUGUGAGGUAUGUAGUAUACGUGUUCAAAAACAAUGCGCGGCACCUCUCAAUGAACUCUCUUCAAGAAUCGACGAACUUUUUAAGGGUGGAUUACAAUCAUUCCUCGCGAACGUCAAGAAUUUGGCACCAGUAUUCGCACAGGGAUGUAAUCUUACGACGGAGUUUCGAGAGUGUGUGAGACCCGUACUGGAACGCAACUCGCAGUGUGUUGUAUCAAGCUGUAUGAUUCUUGCUGGCAUCUACUCCAGAGUUUGGAAAAUGUUUACGAACAACAAUCGCAACGUUGAAAACUUUCACAUUGGCAUCAUUACGAACUGUAAUGCCGCGUUUCAUAAGCUGCAUCGAGCACAUUGUCGUGCAACAGUGCGGCAAAACACCGCUACAUCUGCUGAAAGCAAUAAGUUCCACGGAUAUCUGUCCAAUGCAAAUGANAUGAGCACGUCAGAGCACUCCUUACCACCAACUAAAACUGCCCCAUCACCGAACACAUGCACUGCCGAAAUGAAGUCGAAACAAACGGAUUGUGUGAGCGAGUUGAUGCGUACUUACCGUAUGCUUCCGAUUGCGAUCAUAAACGAUGCGUCUGAUAUUGAUAUGUUAUGUCAACAGCUCUCAAAAGUUCAGUCUUGUACAAUUCGAGCAUGUGAACAAUCAAAUACUCGUGCUGUUUUAUCAUUGCUGCAGCUGAUAUGUUCGAGAAAAGAACAGUACCGUCAACAUGCCACUUGUCUUACUUCGGUUGCCACUUCUGUGGAGGGUUCAACAUGUCUCAAGCCAUAUUUGACUUCAUCUCCGGAGACUCGUUGUGCUUCACUCUCAUCCACUGCCGAAUGUGCCGCGCCUCUCAUAAACAGUGCUUGUGGAUCAGAGGCACUCACUCUUUCGUUUGACGCUAUGAACCAAUACGCUGAACAGAUGGAUGGUUCAUGUUCAAUAUCGGUGCCAUCAGUAUCGUUGAAUACGGGUUGUUCAGAAUCAGAUCUUGUCGAAUAUCUCGAAUGUGAAACGAAUAUCGAUCGAUUUGCAUUCAAUCCCAUCUCAUUUAUUCGAAACGCAUCACGUUGGGAUGAGUUUUGUGCAUCAGUACAACUCUAUAAGAGCUGCGUUUCGAAUAUGAGUUGUAAAUUCGAGCCAGUCUCAUCAGCGAAUAGCGCUUUAUUCGAAUCGUUAUGUGCUGAUCGCAACAUUCAAUCGCAAAUUGAAUGUCUUUCCCAAUAUAUUCAAACGGAACCAAGUGAGGAAUGUCUUCAGUUGUAUAGCGGAGUCGAUCUUCUGGCCAAGGAUGCACCGAUGAAACUUUGCAAAACUCUAUCGUCAGUUCUAUCAUGUGCUUCUGAUGGGAUUGAGAAGCAGUGUGGUGCGGAAACACUGAAGAAGGUUCAUGCGAUCAAUUCAUUGUGGUCGCAACAUUUCGAUUCCUCUUGUAUCCUCCGAAUAGACAGCACUUCAAAACAGUUCACUGCGAAGCCUCAGAUUGAUUUCUCGUCUGAUUCUGAACCGUCCGAAAAUACCAAUGACCAGACAUCCAUCACUAGCACCAUGCAUGAGCAUGAAGCUGCAGCCACCACUGGAGAUGCUGCAAAACCUGAACCUCAACCUGAGCCCGAGCCUGGCCUUCCACCAACGGUCCCCGGACCAUCAGCAGAGCCUGAACCAUCAUCUGUUAAUGAAGAGUCUCCACCACAACCAGAACCAACACUUACGUCCAGCAAUCAUGAUACAUCCUCCGCACCACAUGUGGAAACUGAUCCAGUUGCUGAACCUCAACCGGAACCAACUGAUUCAGAUAUCGGUGAUGCUGCAAGUCCAGAGCCCAUUCCUGAACCUGACGUGGCAACCGCUGAACCUAAAGCUGAGCCAGAACCGAACGCCGAACCAGAACCCGAACCAACUCUUCCCUCAAAUAACAGGACAAAAGGUGCGCAUUUAUGA